CAAGCUCCAAAACCUGGAGACCAUACCCCUUGCACUCUUGGCUGAGCAUCAUCAAUGAGGCUACCCUCCAUUUGCAAGACAACAACAGCUCACAAAUUUUCCCAAAAAGAUUGAUUUUGAUCACCAUGAAUCACCACCUAGCUUCCAAGCCAGUAUCGCUCGUUAGAGGAGCAAUCCUUCAAGGCAAUGUGCAAAUAAAUGCUGAAGAUGACAAAAUGAGCUUACAUACUCUGUACGAGUCUCACGAAACCCCGUUUUUCAAGACCAAGCCCUCGUUUGAUUGCAAUGGGUCGGCAACGGCAGCAACCGAAUGCACCAGUGACACGUCUUCUGUGGGCGAUCGAGACAGUAGUCUGCAUGAUAGCUUUGCAAUCUAUGAGUCUCUUCAAGCGGACUUUGCUUCCAAAUCGGAUCAAGACCUUCUAGUGGGCAUUGAGGAGGCCAUCAAGGAUGAAAAAAUGGUCCUCGUGUCUCAACUCUUGCGAGAGAUGGGGAGGAGGAACUUGCACCUGAAGGAUAGCAAACGUCAGGCCACACUGCUGGAGAAUACUCGAAUGAUUGAAGACGUGAUUAUCGAUCAUCAAACAUCGCCAGAGGCUGGCGGAUGGAAGAAGAACUGCAUGUUGCAUGGCAAACAUGGUGACACCAUCAUCUACCAUCGACUGAAUGAGAAGCAAGAGAUAUCUACUCGCAUUGAAAUGGCCCUGGAUGAGUCCAUGUUGGUGCCAUUGUUUGCUGUUUUGUAUGAGACUGAUCACUAUUGCGACUGGAUUCCUUCGUUCCAAAGACCAUUCAAAUUUGGAAUGCGCGAAACAGAGAAACUUCAUCAAGUUGGAAGAGCCCUCCAGAUUGCCCGUGCAAGAAUUGAUACGCCUUGGCCGCUUAGAAACAGGGAGAUUGUUGCAUUUAACGUCAUGGCCGAAGCCGUUGAUGAAAUAGGAGCGGUUGUAGUCAAGGUCAAAUCCUUGGAAGAAGGCGAGCACAGCGGUUGUGUCAUCCCGCCAGCUCUCCCAGGGUGGAAUAGAAUCGAACUGGACGGUGGAUUGAUGGUUCGAAAAUGUCCCAAGGAUCACCCCGCGCUCCAGAAGCGCCACAGCGAGAAAGCAACAACAGAUGAGCCCGAAAAGGAGCCUGUUCUUGUUUCGUUGACUCUUGCUAUUCGCCCAUCCAUCAAUAUAGCCACACGUGCAGUUGUUGCUACCUUGUGGCAGGCGUUGUUGUCAGUGGCCGAAGACGUUCGAGACGGCAACCGACCAGGUCUCAAGAAGGCAAUCGAGGACAAGCCCGAACUGUAUCGUUGGUUUGCUGCAAGUGUGGAGAGACUGAAAGCCAAGUCGAUGUAAAUCUUGAUUUUUCUGAGCAGCGGGUAGUUUCAUUUGCGAUGUGUACAUGAGUGUCGUUUUUACAGAGUUGAUAGAUUUGUCGAAUAAAUACAUGUUGUACAAGGUUCCAUAGAGGAAUGCACUAGUUCCAC